AUGUUGUCUCACAUUUAUCGUCAACAUCAAGAACAUGUCACCGUUUUAAAACAGAAGCAAGAAAUCAAGAAGCGAGAGUUACUAUUCUCAACUGAUCGAUUAACACGUUUGGUGCUGGACGAACUUAACAAUGAUGUAUCCGAGUGCUACAAGAAUGAAAAGCGGAUUGAUCAAGCACUAAAACAGUUAACUACACAGACAAAUAUCCUUGCUAAACAAUCUCAAGGAUGGAUAACUCUCAUUGGACAGUUUACAGACGCAUUAAAAGAAUUAGGUGACGUGGAAAAUUAUUCGAAAAUCAUUGAACGCGAAUGUUCAAUUCUUACAAAUACAUUAGCGACUGUUCAUCAAGAUAUGGCAAAAAAUCGUCAAACAAAUCCAACUGAAUAA